AUGGAACACGGCAAACUGGUGGACACGAAACAGUUUGAAAUCGAUCAUUCGACCGUGUCCCGUGUGGUAAAAGCAUUCAAGGAGACCCAGACGGCCCAGCGCCAGCGGCGAGCUGACAGCGGUAGAAAAGCGAAGACGACCGACUCCGUGAAGGCAAUCUAUUCAGGACGUGGCCAAAAAGUUAAAUUUUCCGCCUGGUUCAUUGAGCAGGCAAUGAAGUGGACCGGACUUCGUGUCUUCAAGAUUGAGAAAGCGGAUAGUUUGCCUCAACGAGUGUGCCUAGACUGCGUCGAACUGACAAUUGAUGCAUUCCGUUAUAUAAAUCGCGUGCGCGACGCAGAUCAACUACUAAAAAAUUCGCUAUUGAUAAAAAACAAUACGCCAACCACGUCGGACACCGUAAUAACGGAAUACGUCGUUGACCUAGCAGCAACUAGCAAAAGCGAACCUGAUAACGACGAACAGCGAGAAUAUAUUCAUUCGGAAGUAAGGGAACAAGUGUCUUAUCCGGACGCGGUUGCGAUAGAAUAUUUGGAUUCACUGUCAGAAACAACUUCAAGUAAGCUUAUUGAUCUUUUGAUAGAAUCCGUUCAUGAUGAAGGAUCUGAGAAGUGGUUGAAAAUAAAACUUGAUCCCGAUGGCGCACAAGUGCUACAGCAUUCCGAAAACGAUACUAGCACGGAUGAAGAAGAAACCUCGUUUACGUACGUUGAACCACAUCACGUAGACCUAAAAACAGAAUUGAACAUCAGUGAGGGUAAAGUAGUCAGAUGCUGCAUUCGGAAGUGUCAACUAAGAUUUCGUUCGCGGGAAGAACUGCUACGUCAUGGAGCGGAAACUCAUGCCGGAAACAAGUCGAUCGUAAAUUCAGCGCAGCUGUUUGAGUAUCGCCUAGAUGACCAACCCAUCAAAAUAUGUUGUGGUUGUGAAGCCACGUUCAAAACCGUUGAGGAACUAUUCCAACAUGGUGUUGAUAUGCACCAGAAUCAAUAUUCUUACGCCAGUGACGGGCGAGAAAACCAGUGCAACAUUUGCUACCAGUAUUUUAAAUCAAACACCACUUUACGCAACCAUCAGAUCCUAGUGUAUAAACCCAGAGCUUUCUUUUGUCCAGAGUGUAAUAAGGGGUUUGAAUGUCCGUCUAAACUCUCCAAUCACCAGGCAACGCACACAACUGAACGAAAUUUUGCUUGCGAAACCUGUGGCAGCAAAUUUAAGACACCCGCUGACCUCCGCGGCCAUCAAAGAAUGCACCAGGAGAAAGCUCUAAUCUGCUCCGUGUGCGGUUUACGAUUUUAUAAAAAAUCACAUCUCAAAUCGCAUUUAAAAACACACGAUGAUCAAGCCUACGAAUUUGCCUGCAGUAUAUGCUCGAAACAGUUCAAGGAGAAGUCCAAUUGGAAGAACCACCUGAAAGUUCAUACGAAGGAAACUCCAUUCCGGUGUCAGUACUGCAAUAAAAAUUUUCGCUACACCAGCGAUAGAAAGCGGCACGAAAUCAGUCACACAGGAAUAUAUCCGCAUAAGUGCUCGAUAUGCAAUAAGCCUUUUAUUCGGAAAAAUCAGUUGCGGCAACAUGAGCGUACUUGUUCAACAGCACCUCGUACGGAAUAA